AUGUUCCACCAACCUGCAACCCUCGCGGUCGCUGUGCUAGUCUCUACCUUGUGUCUCAACGCGCUUAUAGUAUCUUACACCGAAACCUUUGGAUAUAGAUACAAAUGUACUCAUGGAUCAACAGGAGUCUUUUCACCUGCUCCUGUGGUUGACGUUGGUUAUCAAGUGGUCUCAAUGAAAAACUGUCGAGAGCUUGAGGCAGACCCGACCGACCCUAAAUCAAGCGAUCAAAUAUGUUUGGACUAUAUGCGAUUGGACGACACGAAAUUCUCUUCAGCUUGUACUCAAAAAGUUACACUACCACCUGCUUCGGGAACUGGAAAAUCUUGCAUACGAAACCUCCACCCAAUUAGUGACGAGAGGAUCUUAUCAUUUUUAGCAUUCACCGAUUGUUCAAAAGAGUUUACGGAGAUUAUUUUAAUGUUCUGGUAUAUCUCACUUCGUAGUAAGGUUUCUUUAGGGGGGGGAGUGCGAAGAGGAGUUAUCUGUGGUCAGGCGGCCUCAGUGGGCCAAUAA